AUGGCCAACAACUCUGGCAUCUCGACGGGCUCGUCGCUCAACGCGACGGUGUCGCCCACGUCCCAGACGUACCCGUCGCAGCGCGGCUCCAACCACACGCUCAACAUGGCCGAGUACCUCGACCCGACCGACAAGGACAUGCAGGUGUGUGCGCCAAAGGCCCCGUGGUUCUCCAACGCCCCCGCACGACCACGUCGCCGCGCACCGUCGUUGGACCCCGAGAUCGACCGCGUCAACGAGAGCGACGACCCAGUGUCGCUCCGCGCGCUGAGCGAGGUCGAGGCAAACUCGUUGGUACAGCUCUUCCACCAGCGUCUCAACCCGCUCGUCGCUGUCCUGGAUGCCCAACUUCACACAAUGCACUACCUCCGUCGCACCUCGAGCGUCCUCUUCUCCACUGUCCUCGCGUCGAGUUCCCGCUUCUUCCGGCACGACCUGCACCCGACGCUUCUGAGCCACGCGCGCACCGUGCUCGACCGUGCGCUGCAGGCCGGGUCGACGGACAUUGGCGUCGUCCAGUCCCUCAUGGUCCUGACAUACUGGAAGGACCCCGAGGACACGAGUGGCUGGAUGAAGGUCGGCAUGGCGAUUCGUCUCGGAUACAGCCUGUUCUGGCACAUUCCGCGCACCGAGCCGCUGCCCGACGACGAGAUGGAGGCGCGCGAGAUCCUCAACGCUGAGCGGACAUGGUUUUGCCUGUUUUCGUUUGACCGCGGCCAGUCGUACGUCCAUGGCUUGCCGACAGUGAUCCGCCUCACGGACCAUGCCGACCCGGAGGUGUGGUCACGGCAGCACCUGCACCUCGGCCCCAGUGUCGACAUGCACAUUUCUGCCUCGAUCCAGCUGUGCAAGCUCAAGGACCACUGGGGAGAGGUGUGCGAGUCCAAGUGCUCCGACCCGGCGUACCUCGAACUGGCGAUCGAGACGCUCAUGACACAGUGCGACGCGCUGAUCCACAAGUGGUUCAACAAGGAGGCGCCCCCGCCGUGCUUUGACACCGACGUCGAGCACGUCCUGCUGUGGUCCAUCCUGGACUUUAUGUUCAUCAUGAAGCGGUUCCACCUCGACAUGGCGCCGCACGACCAGCUGCGCCUCGACAGCUGCCUCCACAUUGUCGCCCGCGUCGCUGACGAGGUCGACAUUCUCGCCAGCAACGGCAUGCUCGUGAUCAUGCAGGAUUCCGCAAGCUGCAUGACCUCGUCGCUCGUCGUCUUUAUGCGCAAGCUGUUCCGCUUCUCGGACCGCUCCCAAAAGUCGUACAUCCUCACCAUGCUGCACCGCAUCCUCCUCGCCCACGCGUCCGUCACCAACGAAGACUCCAAGACGGCGCCGGCGUACGUCGCGCGCUUUAUCCGCCGCGUCCUGUCGGCGCUGUCGGUCGAAUCGCGUGCCGGAUCUCCGGGCCCCGGAGCCGACCUGCUCAACGGCUCGUCGCACGGCCAAGAGGGCGGCGUCGAGGUCGACUUCUUCGCCGAGCUCGGCCUCGAAGAGUUCAUGCACGUGCCAGAGUAUGUGGCGCAGAACGAGGCAGACGACGGGCGGUACUGGGCCAACAUGCUCCUCUCCGAAGUCCUCCCGCGCAACGGUGACAUGUGA